AUGGCUACCUCCGAUCUAAAUAUGCUGCUCGACAUGGGCUUCGAGAAAGAGCGCGCCCAGAUGGCCGUCAAAAAGACUGGUGGCCUACAAGCGGCCAUCGACUGGCUCGACAAGAACCAGGACAAAUCUCUCGACGACAUCAAAGCCGCCGACACCGCCGACGCUUCCUCCGAGCCCCCCGCCCUCAACCCCGGCGAAGAAGCCCGCAGCCUAGUCUGCAACGAGUGCGGCAAAAAGUUCCGCAGCACUGCACAAGCCGAGUUCCACGCCUCCAAGACCGAGCACACGGACUUCAGCGAGAGCACGGAGGAGAUCAAGCCGCUGACGGAGGAGGAGAAGAAAGCGAAGCUCGAGGAGCUGCGGCAGAAGCUUGCGGCUAAGCGGGGGGAGAUGAGCGAGCAGGACAAGCUCGAUAAGAAGAGCAAUGAGGAGAUCCGCCGCAAGGCCACUAAAGAGGGCCAAGACGCGAAGGAAGCCCUCCAGAACAAGGAGCGCAUCAAAGAAGCCCAAGCCAAGCGCCGCGAGAAGCAAGAAGAAGUCGAAGCCCGCAAGCGCGCCCUCGCCAAGAUCGAAGCCGACAGAGCUGAACGCAAGCGCAAGGCCGACCUCGAGAAAGCACAGCGCGCAGGCCAAGCUCCUCCCACGCAGGCCGAUAUACCAGCACCCGCACCCGCAGCGCCGAAGCCUGCGGCAGCGUACACCGAGGCGAGACUGCGGCUCCAGACGCCGGCGGGCACGGUGAUGAAGACGUUCCCGGCGGAGACGACGUUGUUUGAGGUCGCGCAUACGCUGGCGAGUGAGAGCGGCGUGGAGGUCAAUACGUUUACGCAGAAUUUUCCAAAGAAGGUGUUUGAUCGGAACUCGGCUGAUUUUGGGCAGACGUUGAAGGAGGCGGGCAUGGUUCCCAGCGCUGCACUUAUUGUGCGGUAG